GGAUCUUUCUCUUCCAACCUGAAACUAACUUCCGGCUUCCUCCUCAGUUUGUUGUGUCAUUCUCAGCGGUCACACAGAGCAGCUGAAGGCUGAAACACACAAGAAUUGGACUGGAAGUUAGCAGGCUGAGCUACGGACCUCCGACAAAAUGCUGGCUCGCAUGUUAUUCUCCCUGCUGAACAGACUCCAGGUGGUGGAGAAGUUGGCAGAGUCUCGUCCGAUCCGCAGGGCCGCACAGAUCACAGCUUACGCCAUCACCAAGGCUCAGCUAGCCGGCCAGGACGCAUCAAAGCGGGUCAUGCGGUCGCAGACGUUUCGGCAGGUUCGUGAGGAGACUGGACGAGUUCCGGGUGAUCUGCAAGAUGUGGGGAACCGGCUCAAGAGGGUCCGAAAGACAUUUGUGGAUGAAGUGAAAGAAGGGUGGAAGGAUGGAUCUAGACAGAUUAAGAAAUAAAGGAGCCAGACUGUAGGACGAUAACAGAGACUGGGAAUGAACUGAACUAAACGACCUGUCCGAUAAUGGAUUCACUGACCUCACCAGACUGCCAGCUGCUCAAACUGAAUGAGAAAUUGUGCAUGAAUUUGCUUCAGUGAUGGAUGACAGCUAUUUAUGUGAUGGUUAAUCACUUAACUGGCUUCAUGUCAGACACAAUCAGCUCAUGUGACUCCUUCUGACCUACAAUCAGCGGCCAGUAUUUUAUCAUAAGUAGAAUUGUUAAAAUAAGUACAUUCAGGAUUCCCACAUUUCUCUGAACACAUGGACAUAUGCUGUUAAAUCCCUUGUAGAGAAAAGUGUGUGGACAAGACUAAACUGACAUAAGUGGCAGAUUGGAAAGGUUAAGUGCACUUUUCAGAGGUUGGUUGAAGUUGAACUAUCAAAGUGCACUUUUGUACCCUGGAUUAGUUAAGAGAAGCAUCAGUAACAGGUGAUUCAGUUCUAAUAUGUUUAAGUGAUAUUUCCCUUUCCACCAGCCAAACCAAAACACCAAUCCUGCCAUAAAGUUAGUUUGUGGAUUUGUACAGGAUUAAGUUGUCAGUGUAAAUCAUUUUAUUGGCCUAAAGUGUACAAAUAAAAUAAAUGGUGUAUAGAAAGAAUGGAUUCAUUGUUUUUCUGUGACUGUAUAAAUAAAGAUUAUAAUUUA